AUGAAUCAUAUUUCACCUCAGGCAAAGAGUGAGCACCUUGAAACUGCUUCAAAUACAGUUAUUCGAUUUCUCCGCAGGGACCAUGAUAAUGUUGACUUGAUUUACAAAUUAAAAUAUGAUGCAAAUCAACCAGAUAAAGUUACUAUAUCCGGUUUGGCAGUUGAUGAUUAUUCUUCGCUAAAGGACAGUGAUGUGCUUGAGUUCGUUUCUGAACCAGCUCGUUCAAUUCCAAAAGAACUCAUCGAUCAAUUAAAUCAUGCCCAGUGUAUAUAUACUGUUGGGAUUUUAACUGAAAUCGGACGAGCAUAUAUGACUAUUGAUAAUGACCUUUAUUUAUGGAAUUUCGAUGAAAAGUAUAGUUGUGAUUUGGCUUAUUUUGAUGGAAUUCCAAAUACUAUUACAAGGAUUUCACUAGUUAAGCCAGUUCCAGGAAUGUUUAAGGACCAUAUUCAUUAUCUCAUGGUUGUUGUAACAUCUAAGGAGAUAUUACUUUUGGCAGUUUCCCUAACCGAUCCUGAUAGUGAUUUGCCGGUUAAUGGUUCAUUUGAUGCAAAAAAAGCUGAAAUUUAUCUUAUUCCUGAUGCUGUUUUCAAGAUUCCAUUGGAAGGCGGUAGAGUUUCUGAUAUCGUAACUACAGCGAAUGGUCGAAUUUUCUAUGCUGAAGAAGAACAUUUAUUUGAAUUAGAUUAUCAAAAUAAAAGUUGGUUUCAACGCCAGUGCAGAAAGUUAAACCAUUCUAAAGGGUUUUUGAAUUAUAUUCUACCAUCAUUAUCGAUUUUAACAGGAAAAGAAGGUCAGUUUGGAAGGAAAUAA